AUGGCGGCCAAAGUGGCAGACGAUGUCGCCAACUUGAAGUUGGACGACUCCAACGGCAAACCAACCAACGGCACAACACAAAACGGCGACAAGACGGCAGGUGAUGCAGAGCACGAAGACUCUGAUGACGACAACGAAGCUGAGGAUGGCGCUCCCGAAGCUGGCGAAGGCGCAGCAAAGAAAAAGAAGAAGAGAAAGCCGAGGAAGAAGAAGAAGGCUGGCGCAGGUGCAGCAGGUGUCCCCAAAAACCAGUCUUCACCACCCCGUGUGCCCAUCGCCGACCUCUUCCCGAACGAUUCCUACCCCGAGGGCGAGAUCUGCGAAUACCGCAACGAGAACGCGUACCGAACGACCAACGAAGAAAAGCGCCACCUCGAUCGCAUGAACAACGACUUCUUGACCGAGUACCGCAAAGGCGCAGAAAUCCACCGCCAGGUCCGACAAUGGGCACAGAAGUUCAUCAAGCCUGGUAUGGGCCUCACCGAGAUCGCUGAAGGCAUCGAAGACUCGGUCCGCGCACUCACAGGGCACCAAGGCCUCGAGCCGGGUGACGCCCAAAUAGCUGGCAUGGGAUUUCCCACAGGCCUGAGUAUAAAUCAUUGCGCCGCCCAUUACACGCCAAACGCUGGCAACAAGAUGGUUGUAAACUACGAGGAUGUAAUGAAGGUGGACUUCGGCGUGCACGUCAACGGCCGCAUUGUCGACAGUGCCUUCACCAUGACUUUUGACCCGGUGUACGACCCCCUCGUCGAAGCGUGCAAAGCCGCCACCAACGCCGGCAUCAAGGAAGCUGGUAUUGACGUCCGCAUGAGCGAUAUUGGCGCAGCAAUUCAGGAAGUUAUGGAGAGCUAUGAAGUCGAGAUCAAGGGCCAGAUGUUGCCGGUGAAGUGUAUCAGGAACUUGAAUGGCCAUUCGAUUGGGCAUUAUACGAUUCAUGGAGGAAAGACAGUACCAAUUGUGAAGGGAGGGGAUCAGACGAAAAUGGAGGAGGGGGAGACUUUCGCUGUUGAGACAUUUGGUAGCACUGGAAAGGGAUAUGUUCGGGAUGAUAUGGAGACAUCACAUUACGCCAUGCGCGGCGAUGCGCCCAAGGUCGCCCUGCGCGUCUCGUCAGCGAAGACACUGCUAAACUCCAUCACCAAGAACUUCGGAACACUACCUUUCUGCAGACGCUAUCUUGAUCGUUUGGGUCACGAUAAGUAUCUGCUAGGCCUAAACAACCUCGUUAGUGCUGGCAUCGUCGAGGCAUAUCCACCGCUAUGCGACGUUAAGGGAAGCUAUACGGCGCAGAGUGAACACACAUUCAUCCUCAGGCCGACGGUCAAAGAGGUUAUCAGUCGAGGCGAUGACUAUUGA